CCUAAAGUAAUUCAAUUUGACCUCUAAUAACUAGGAUCCAUUGUGAUCUCCUGCAACAAUGGCAAGUAUUUCCUAGUUUACAUUCCAUUCGAGGAUACUGCAUUUAGAGACAUGCACGCGUCCUUAACUUGCCGUCUUCCCAAGCACGUGAUCCCCAUUCACAAAACCUGGAAGGAUCUCAAUUACAUGCUUUGCGAGAUACAGGUAGGUUUUAGAGAGAGAAACGCGCCUAAGAAGAAUGAAAGUUUAGAACUUAGAGAGAGGUGCAGUGAUACUGUUCAGAUGGUGGGUAACUGUGGGUGAGUUCUAGGGCACAUCUGCGAUGGUGAAGAGCGUACCCGAGUGGCUCAAUAGCUCCAUCUGGUCCACUCCCAACCCUUCUUCCGAUGAUCGCCUUCAAAGAUACGCCACCAAGCCCUCUGAAGAAACCUUAACCCUAAAACCAGAUCCCAUUCCUCCACCUCAACGUCCAGAUAAAGCUGCAAUUGCAGUUCCUACUCCACAUGAGAAGGCUCCACCUCAACAUGCAGAUAAAGCUCCAAUUCCGGUUUCUACGUCACAUGAAAAGACUCCGCCUUCUUCUGUUGAGGAACCUGAAACCCUAGAUUCAAAUGCUAACCUUUCGCCUGAAGAUGUUGAUCGUCGAGCUCGGUUCUUUUCAGAGCUCUCGAGGAAGGUGAUUGAUCUUAGAGAAUUAAGGAGAUUGGGUUCUCAGGGUAUACCUGAUUGUGCUGGUCUUCGUCCAACCAUAUGGAAGCUGCUUUUGGGUUAUUUGCCAAAUGAUCGAGAUAUGUGGGCUAAUGAAUUGGCGAAGAAGCGUUCACAAUAUGCACUCUUUAGGGAGGAGCUUCUAUUGAAUCCAUCAGAGGUUACUCGGAGGUUGGAGGAAUCUGCUGGUCAUUGCAAUGAGGAACAAAGAUGUGAUGGACACGGUUUACUCCCAAGGUCCGAAAUAACUCAUGGGGAACACCCUCUGAGCCUUGGGAAGAGUAGUGUAUGGAAUCAAUUCUUCCAGGACACAGAAAUUGCGGAGCAGAUUGAUCGUGAUGUGAAGCGUACCCAUCCAGAUAUGCAUUUUUUCUCUGGAGAUUCUGCUUUGGCGAGAUCAAAUCAGGAAGCACUGAAAAACAUACUGCUUAUAUUUGCAAAGUUGAAUCCAGGAAUAAGAUAUGUGCAAGGAAUGAAUGAAGUGUUGGCUCCUCUGUUCUAUGUAUUUCAAAAUGAUCCAGAUGAGAAAAGUGCUGCUCAUGCAGAAGCGGAUGCAUUCUUUUGCUUUGUUGAGUUGUUGAGUGGAUUUAGGGACCAUUUUUGUCAACAACUUGAUAAUAGCGUUGUUGGCAUCCGUUCCACGAUUACUAAGCUAUCACAGCUUUUAAGGGAACAUGAUGAGGAGCUUUGGCGUCAUUUGGAGGUCACUACAAAAGUUAAUCCCCAGUUCUAUGCAUUUAGAUGGAUAACACUGCUCUUGACUCAAGAGUUCAACUUUGCAGACAGCCUACAUAUUUGGGACACUCUUUUGAGCGACCCUGAUGGUCCAUUGGAAACGUUGCUCCGGAUAUGCUGUGCAAUGCUGAUCCUCAUAAGGAGGCGCUUGCUGGCUGGUGAUUUCACUUCUAACCUCAAAUUGCUUCAGAAUUAUCCCUCUGCAAAUAUCAGUCACCUUCUUUAUGUAGCUGACAAAUUGCGUGCCCGUGCCCGUGCCCGUGCCCAUUCCUCUGUUUAGACUUAAAUUCUUUCUGUUUGUUUCCUUUAAUUUGAUCUGUUUGUAAAUUUCUGUACAAAUUGUAAAAUUUUCUUCCCGAGGACUUCAAGCGUUGCAAGAGAGGAUUUAUUGUUGCUCAUAAAAGAUUCAUUGAUUUUACCUUUUUGAUUAUUAA